AUGGCUACUGAUACCUCCGACGACACUCAAACGAGUCGAACUUAUGGAACGGGCCAGGCCAGCAGCCUUGACGAUGCGAAUCACCGGUAUUGCCCGCAGUCAUCUCUUGCAGAUGAUGAGAGCGAGUAUUGUUUUGAUAUCAAUGAGGCAAUCCUGUACCUCCUUUACGACGAUCUAUCAAGAAAUACCGAGCGAGAAGUUGAGAUGCAGACUGAGACUGCUUCAACUGACGAGUCUGAUACUCUUAUGCAGCCGCAGUCCGACUUGUUGGACACUCCCUCGUCGACGCGAAUACCAUCAAUAAGUCGGAGCUCAAUCACAACAGCUGGUGACGGUGAGGAAUGUCCGGGACUAAAUGAUACCGAGGAUAUCAGGAAAACAGACGAGACGUCAAUCGCAGGCUGGCAGCCUUCCCUCUUGAAAAAGUCAACGGCCAGCGCCUUUGCAAUUUGUCUGGGCGCCAUGCUAAUCGCGCUCGAGACGUUGUUUGCUGUGUCACGGGCUCGUAAUGGCCUUGCUGAUGCUGAUUCUCAAUUUCGAUACAUCUGGGCCUACGGAACAACCGGUUUAUUCGCUGUAGUGUCGGCAUUCUGGGGUCGUCUGGACUACGAGGUCAGGGCGGCUGCACCGUGGUUUCGCAUAAACUCUGGAUCAGAAACAAAAAGAGCUCUUUCACUCGAUUAUGUCGAUGCAUGGUCCAUCGCCGUGCCAUUCCAGAGCCUGCGACGCAAGGAUUACCUGGUGGCUUCGACCUCUUUCACCGCGCUGCUGCUCCGUGUUCUGACUUUGUUAUCUACCGGUAUCUUCAGCUCCAGGCCGAUGUUUGUCAGUAACCGUCCUGAAAGUAUCAUCAUCACUCGCCAAUUCGUGGAUGACUCAACACGCCUUGCAAAUUUUACAUCUCUCAUCCCUUUUCUAGUAAUGAAGGGGACCCAUCCUAUGGCCAUCGAUGAUAGAGACUACAUGGAAGAAUGGCGUUCUCUUCUGUCAGCUCAGAUCGACUACCCUGGAGGAGUAUCGGGUCAAUUUGUUUUUGACACAUUUAAGUCACAAGACUCAGGGGCAGCUAUACUACAUGCAACUGUCGAUGGUCUUACAUUCGGCUUCGAAUGUGAGAAAGCUACUUUGGAAAGAAUCGGCGAUCCAUUUAUCGAGGUAGAGCACAAUGGCUGUCGGAUGAACAUGAGCGUAUACAACAUGGCGGCCUCUGAUGCUGAGGGCACCAAUUAUAUCUUCGCCCUGUCACCGGGGCAAUUUUCUCGAGGUGAUUGCAACUCAACGAGGUUGGAUGCUAGACGCUUAGUCAUUGUCUCAGCAGAAGUCAAAUACGGAAAGACGAACGAAACAUCGUCUUCCAUGUAUGAUGAGAGCGCUAAGCCAUACAACAUCAUUGGCACUCGCGCUUCUGCUCUUAGCUGUGCUCCGUAUUAUAACUUUACUUCCGUUGACGUGGUCAGAAGUCUUGGUACCGACAGUGUCGCCAAUCAUCCUGGAUCCCCUUCGAUCAAGCCACUGAAUAUACACCCAUGGGACAUUAUUCAAGCUUGCUUGGACUCAUAUAGCCUGCUCCACUACAUCCAAGUCUUUUGGCUCAAGUAUGGAAACACUUUCGUGGCAGGUGAUAGUGACUUCUUGUUCUAUCCCGUUUUGGGAUCAUGUGGCGAAGCGUGCCAUAACCUAUCCGAAACAGUAGAUGAAAGUCUUCUAAGCGACCUAAUUACUCGCUGGUAUCAGCCAUUCGCUGCCCUCAUCUUGGCACAAGCGAUGACAGAGGAGACUAAUAAAUCAGCUACUGCUUGGUCUGCAAAGAAUGUUGACCGCCUGAUUGUGGAACCGUUUCCCUCACAGAUGAUGGCGGCAAUGCUUCUUAUUGCCAUCACCAUUCUUAAAUACACAGAGUGUAUACACAAGACGUUGCAAUGUACAAGACUGAAGGUCUCGGCUGGGUCAAUUCUUGCCACUGCAGUCUUAAUCGGGAAACAUCACUCAAAUCCAAGAGCUAAACAAUCAAACAUGAGUACAUCAAGAGACAAUCCUGUUUCCAGAUGGAGAGCUGGAAUCGCACAAAUAAUUGCAGUAGCAUCUGCAGUUCGAAAGGAGAGUCAGGAUGACGGACAACACGAUUCUAGGCAAGUGGGAACGCGCCUGCACGAUCUCAAAUUGCUGCAACCAUUCGCCUUGAAGAUCUUCAUCCGAACUGUGACUUGUCUGUUGCUGUUAGGAUCCGUCAUAGCCUUGGAGGUGAUGCUCUGGGAGUCUUAUUGGAAUCAAGGCUUGGGAGAUGCCUGGGACUCAAGGUACCUUUCUCUGACAUGGACUGCUGCCCCAGCUGCCAUCUUGGCAGCAUUGGGGAUGAUGUUAUCAUCAGUUGACAGUCAGACUCGCAUAUUAUCGCCAUACUUCAACCUCAAGCAAGGCGCAACGGUCAAUCGAAGCUUGAAGCUAGAUUUGCUGCACGGACUAGUCCCCACUGUCUUGUCGCGAGGGAUGAACACUAAAAGCUACGUCGCUUUCCUAACGACCUCUGCUGCCCUGUUUGGGUCUGCGCUUACAACGGCAUCGGCACCAUUGUUUGAUACCAUCAACACGCCAGUCUCUGAGACACUAUUGCUUCAUUCGAACAGCUUGUUCACGUCAAAUAUGACUAAUUUUUCUGAUGCUUCUGAAGUUGCCUCCCUAAUAUUGGGAGGUAACAUAUCAUAUCCGUUUCCGACACACGGGGACCUUGUAUUUCCAAACUUCACGAUAGGUGUAUUUUCAAAUGAGAGCGUAACCUUUCAAGGCUUGAACAGCGCUUCGGUAGUUACAGCCGUGGUACCUGCCUUGCGACCAAGAAUGUUUUGUCAUACUUACGCGGAGAACCAAAUCAAUUCCGUGUUUCAGGAGGCGCUUGGGAUGAUCCAAAUGGUAGGGCCUGGCAUUGUAGUGAACAUUUCUGCCGACGAGUCUCUCUCUGCCGACGAGUCUCUCCAUCUGAGAAUUAUGCCUUCUCCCUAUCCAAACAAUGCCACCUUUGGAACUCGGGAUCUAAGGUCUGGCUAUUUCGGCGGUGCAUUAUUUCAGGCCGAUAAUCUGGGAGAAAUCAUUAUGGCUGAAAGUCGUCAUCAGUUUUUGUUCAUCUAUGGUCGGUUUGACGCCCCAAAUGUAAAUACCACAGCAUUGGGAUGCAACGCCACUAUAGAGCUUGUGGACGCCAGGGUUUCCCUUAAAGGAGCUGAUUUGCAACUAGACGAGACGAGCCCUCCACAAGUCAUCGAGUCGUCUGCACGCAGUUCAAUGCCUCUUCCCCUCGACUCUUCGGGCUGGGCCGGGGGCCUCUACGUGAAUCUCGCCUCAUUACCAGCACCACGAAAUACCGUAUUCGACACGUUCUUUCAACAACUGGUCACCUCCCGCUACGCAGUUCCGCUAUCUUCUCUAGGCGACCCGGAACAAAAACAGCUGGUAGAGGAUGCCAUCGUAUUCCAGCAUUGCAUCAUUGCAGCACAGUGCAUAGCCAGAUACUACCGUGAGGAGCUCUCAGGCUUAGACACAAGUAACUUAUCAGCCGAAGCAAUGUCCCCUCCCCUUUUCAAUUCAUCCGCGUCGGAUAGCCAGAAUGGAUACCCUGCAACAGUCAGAAAUCCCGCCGCGAGGAGGCGUGUUGUGCAGGAUCCGAUUGCCACACGGGUCUUGGAAGCCCUGCUGCUAUCCAUACUUGUACUGUCCAUCGCAGCCUGGUGGUUGAGUCCCCGCAAGCCAUUGCUACCGCAGAGUCCCACCAGUAUUGCAGCAGUGUUGGCGCUUCUCCAGGCAGGCGAUGUCCUGGACCAUCUAUACCCUCCCGGGGCACCGGAGCCCGAGUCCCUGGAAGACGCAACAGCGCGGCUCGGCGAGGAUUGCAGCUUUCGGUUGGGCUGGGGACCUUCGAAUGAUGGCCAACACGGGUUUGGACAACGUUAUGGCAUCUGGGUGGUGAAGAAGAGUUGA